AUUGGCAAUUUUAAACCUGUCUCUGUUACAUGAAAUAUAAUUGCAAAUGAAAGAGCAUUGAUAAUCACAUUGACUUAAUCUAUAUACAAAAAAAAUAAUUCAGAUACUUGGGAGCCUCAUGGAAUUAGGUUAGACAUACUUUCUGAAACACACUUUUAUUUGACUAACUAAUAUAGAUACACCACGAUCUGUCACAUCACGCAAGUGAUCUCAAACUAUUGUAGGAGUAUGAUACUCUUAAUAAAAUGCCAAGAGAAAAGUUGAAAAACAUCCCUAAGUUUUAACGAAAAUUUAAGAGUGUAGUUCAUUCAUAUUACAAGAUUGGUGGUUUAUUUAUGUUCAAUUAGUGGUGUAAAGGGGUGUUUUUUAGGUUUGUUAAUAGUUCGUGGAUGAAACUAAUAAUUCCCCGCUUGCUUGAGAAGACUUGUCUAACACAUGACUGAUGAUGAAUGGUUGCAUAUAAAGUUCCAACAAAAGUGACAAAAAAUUUUACCCAUCUAGCUGCAUUGUUUUGACCUUUUACUAUUCCUUCACUUGAAAGAAAAUAAUUAUUAGAGUUUUAGUUUGAAGCGGCAUUUGCCUUGUCAUUAAGAAAAAAACAUGGAAAUUUGGUGUUAGUUGUGGCGUAAGUUUUCAUCAACAUAGCAUUCAUUAACUAACAAUCAUUAAGAUGUCACACAUGACCUAACAAGUCCCACAAGCCAGCUUUUGCUUGCUCUAAUUAGCAACCCUUUCAGUAUAUACUGUUAAGAUCAAAUAUUCAACAAAUAUCCAUGAUGAUGCUUAAGAUGUUAAGUUCCUGGAAUUGGAGAACUCGUGUACGGCUCUCAGUUUUCGUUGCAGCUACUUUGCUACUUUUAUUGGUAGGAUUCCUCUGUAGCAGAUUUGAUGAUGAUCAGUACAGGACGUUGAUGAAUAAUAUUCCAGAUGAUCACUCAAACGUAGACACAUCAACGACUAUAAAGAUGAACCAUCCGUCUAAAGGAAGGUCUAGUGAUACACCAAUCCUGGCUUAUUGGAUUUUCGGUUUUAGAGGGGAAAGUAAAAGAAUGUUGAGGCUAUUAAAAGCGGUGUAUCACCCAAGAAACCAGUACCUUUUGCACCUUCUCGAUGGAGAUGGAUAUGAGGAGAGGAUGGAAUUAGCUGUUUCAGUUGAAUCUGAACAUGUGUUUCGAGCAUUUGGGAAUGUGAAUGUUGUUGGUAAAAGUUAUGCUGUGGAGGAAUCAGGCGCCUCUGCUCUUUCUGCUAUGCUUCAUGCCUCCGCCUUGCUCCUUCGAAUCAGCCCCCUGUGGGACUGGUUUUUCACCUUAAGCUCUUCCGAUUACCCUCUUUUUACUCAAGACGAUAUCUUAUUUGCUCUCACUUCCUUGCCAAGGGAUCUCAAUUUCGUAGGCUUCACCAAUAGAACUAUUGAUCGAAACAGGCAACACAACGUCAAUCGGAUUGUUGUUGACCCCAGCCUACAUCUGAAACAUGCUACUCCCCUUUACUAUGCUGUAGAGACUAGAGAAAUGCCAACAACUUUUGAUAUAUUCCAAGGUUCUCCAUGGAUGGUAUUGAGCAGAGGGUUUAUGGAGCAUUGCAUCAAAGGUUGGGACAAUUUCCCUAGGAAGUUACUUAUGUACUACGCCAACGUAGUGUCCCCUCUAGAAUCCUACUUCCACACUGUACUAUGCAAUUCCCCAGAAUUUAGAAACAGAAUAGUAAACCAGGAUCUCAGGUGUUCCGCGCCAAUAAAUGUUUCAAACUACUAUGACAAUCUUGUGAACGAAUGGGCAAUAUUUGCUAGGCCAUUUAAAGAAGGCGAUCCUACUUUAGACGAGCUAGACAGGGAUAUCCUAGAUCGCCAGCCCCAUGGGCUGGUGCGCGGGAAAUGGUGCUAUAAUAGAGGACACAAUUAUUCUUCUUCUUGUAGUUCUAAUUCCGGUACUAAUUGGGAUGACAUUGACUCAUUAGAUCCUGGAAUUUAUGGCCAAAAGCUUCAGAAUAUUCUGUCCAAUUUUACUGUUGGAGACCAUCAUAUGGUAACCAAUAAUUCAUGUUAAUAUAUAUACUACUCCAUAUUUGUUUCCAAAAUGAUGUGUAGUUGUGUACUCUACUACUCUUUAUAUUUUCUGAUGGACAAUUUUCAGCGUCUUGUUCUUUUUUCAGCUACGGAAUAAGAAGGGCAAGUUACACA